AUGCCUGCCAGGACUCGACCCGUUGAGAAGAUUGCUAAGGCCUCGGCCCAAUGUUCUGCUGAGGUAGCGGCAUACGGAAAGUGUGUUGUUACUGACUACAACUCAGUACACAAGGAUAUGUGUGCCAAAGAGUUCAUGAGACUAAAGGACUGCUAUCUUGCGGCUUCUAAGAAGGGCUAA